GGGGAGGGAAGUGGAAACGGGCGGGGUUUGAGACUCAGUUCAAGCGCAGCUGUAAUCCAUGGUCAUACGAGGAUCACUGGCCUAACCUAAGCAGCAGGGCAGCAUCGCACAUUUCCAAACUCAUUGCUCUCCUGGACGUGUGCUCAUGUGUACAGCGUUUGCACCUCGACCUUAAUUUUACCGGUGAAAUGCCGCCACGAAUGGAAUACCAUUGCGAAGAGACACGGAUACCAUCUGUCUGCGGGUCACAGGACGAGAGUUUGGAGCCGGUCCUCACCUGUAUGUUAGUUGGGGAUGGUGCAGUCGGAAAAACGAGUAUGAUUGUGAGUUACACCACAAAUGGGUACCCCACGGAAUAUCGGCAGACGGCUUUUGACGUCUUCUCAGUACUGGUCCAAGUGGAUGGAAUGCCUGUACGAAUACAACUAAUGGACACUGCAGGACAGGAGGAGUUUGACGGCUUCCGCUCGCUGUCCUACGCCCACAUCGACGUCUUCAUCCUCUGCUUCAGCGUUGUGAACCCCGCCUCCUUUCAGAACGUCACCAAGGUCUGGGUCCCGGAGAUCCGAGCCCGCAACCCCUCCUCGCCCAUCGUCCUCGUGGGCACGCAGUCGGAUCUGCGGUUCGACGUCAACGUCCUGAUCGACCUGGACGGCCAGGGGGUGAAGCCCGUCCUGGGCUCGAGCGCUCGUGGCGUGGCGGACAAGAUCCGGGCGGCGGGCUACGUGGAGUGCUCGGCACUGACGCAGAAGAACCUGAAGGAGGCCUUCGACACCGCCAUUUUCGCCGCCAUCAAGCACAAGGCCCGGAAGACCAAGAAGAGGCUCUCGAGGCGCUCCAAAGCGUUCUCCAAGUACGGCUGGAGGAAGUUCUUCUGUUUUGUUUGAGGCGGCGGUGGAUGCAAAUCAAAAACGCUAAUUUAUUGAGGUGUUGGAGCCAUUGUGAGGGAGGGCUCUGGCCCAGUCUUCUCUCUGUGAAGGACAGGAUGUGUGCUGUGUGUGCUGAGAAGCUCCACCGUUUGUGGCAGAACUGUUAUGACUUUGUAAAUGCUGGAUUUUGAUUGGACAAAGAGCAUGUGGGGGAGGUACUUUCUUUUGCUCCAUCAGUGAUGGUCUGUUUGUUUGUGGAGUGGACUGAGUGUAAAUGAACUAAUUUCAGAAUACCUUGAUUGAUUCCCAUCUUCAUGAUGCAAACGUCAUCUGCAUGUUGAUGAUUUGGUGUGCCAACAAAGAAGGGGCGUGGAUUUGGAAUGGCCUAUCAUUACAGCACCUGAUAUUUAAAAAUUAUCUCUGUGAAGGACAGGGGUGUUGCUGGAAAGCUCCACCGUUUGUGGCAGGACGGUUACGGCUUUGUAAAUGCCGGAUUCCGAUUGGACAAAGAGCAUGUGGGGUUGGUACUUUCUUUUGCUCCAUCAGUGAUGGUCUGUUUGUUUGUGGAGUGGGCUGAGUGCAAAUGAACUCAUUGCAGAAUAGCUUGAUUGACUCCCAUCUUCAUGAUGCAAACGUCAUCUGCAUGUCGAUGAUUUGGUGUGUCAACAAAGAAGGGCCGUGGAUUUGGAAUGGCCUAUCAUUACAGCGGCUGAUAUCUAAAAACCCGACCUCGGGGUGAGACGGUGUGGAUUCAAUGCGGAGUCUGUGCCACUUGAAUGGGUGCAUCGGUCUGGCCUUAAAUAUUCAGUUUAGAGCACCACCUCUGAAUUUGCAUUGCCUGGAUUGCUGCCUAUUGCCCCGACUGUGAGAACAGAGGCCCUCAAAACAAUAGGCCGAUGCUGGCUCAUUCACAGUCUACUCACUGCUGUUAGGCCAGACCAAGUCUUUCAUAUGUAAGAGUUAACCAGAGGUGCCAGGUUUUCUGCCUCCGAGAGUCAAUGACCGAGACGCUCUCAACUGAUCUGUUUAAUCCCACCCCCACAUUCUAUUCGUACGGAGGGCUCACUGUACCAUCUAAUUCACGUAUCUGUCGGUAAGGGGUUUUCCUGUCCGACCAAAACCGGUUCGGUAAACGCGGCUCUGCAUAAAUUAGCAGCACUCUAGCAAUGAUAAUCUCUGAGCAAAUAAUGUGCAGUGCUGGAUCAGGCAAGAGAGAUCGUCAUGCACGGACUUCCCAGGCUAAUCCUACAAGAGUCAACAUUCACACAGGGCCAGUGAAAGAAAAGCUUUUUGAGCCACUGAUUUUUACAUUUAUUACAUUUUGAACCCCAAAUAUGUUUCAUCUGUAGACAAUCUUGUCAGCACCACAGAGAAACGCACUAUCCUAUAUCUGUAUGCAAAUGCUGUUUUUAUGCUUCUUGUGGAAGCUUUUUUGAUGCUGCUUAAGAAUCCAGUGCUGUUUGUUUUUAACAGUUUUAUACAGGUUUUAUCUUUUCAGACGUUAUAUACGGACUUUGCAAACAUGGGACCACUUCACUUCACUGCAAGUUACAAAUGCUGAGGUGUUCCUGAUGCAGAUUGUUUUUGUUUGUGUGAUAUUUUGACCCUACCCAUAGUACACGUAUGUCACUUUGAGAGGUGUUUGUACAAUGAAACAUUGAACAAUAAAUCAUGAAAUUAC